AUGAACAUCCACUCGUUCCCGUAUUCCAGCGCGCCGCUGAAGACCAUCCAGGAGAUCCAGUUUGGUCUCUUCUCGCCCGAGGAAAUCAAGAACAUGAGUGUCUGUCACAUCGAGUACCCCGAAACCAUGGAUGAGCAACGAAUGCGCCCGCGAGAGAAAGGAUUGAACGACCCCAAGCUGGGUUCCAUCGACCGCUCGGUGGCCUGCGGUACUUGCGGUGAAGACAUGCUCGAGUGUCCUGGUCAUUUUGGUCAUAUUGAGCUUGCCGUGCCUGUCUUCCACGUCGGUUUCGUAACAAAGAUCAAGAAGAUUCUGGAGUCCGUCUGUCACAACUGUGGCAAAGUCUUGCUUGAUGAAAGCGUACCCGCCUUUGCCCAAGCCGUCCGCCUAAGAGAUCCCAAGCGCCGUUUCGACGCUAUCCACAGAUUGUGCAAAGCCAAGACGACCUGUGACCCCGAUGAGGCGCCCGAAGAUGGCGAAGACCCCAAAGACGCACUGAAGAAGGGCAAGCGAUCACAUGGCGGUUGCGGUAACCUGCAACCCACCAUCCGCAAGGACGGUCUCAAGCUUACCGGUACCUGGACCUACCCCAAGGAUGCAGACUCGGAGCAAAAGCAGGACAAGAAGCUCAUCACACCUCAAAUGGCUCUCAACGUCUUCCGCAACAUCUCGACAUACGACCUGGCCAGAAUGGGUCUCAAUGCAGACUACGCUCGUCCUGAAUGGAUGAUCCUGACUGUUCUACCUGUCCCACCGCCCGCAGUUCGCCCCAGUGUUUCGGUAGACGGUACCAACCAGGGCAUGCGCUCUGAGGAUGAUUUGACCUUCAAACUUAGUGAUAUUAUUCGCGCCAACGCCAAUGUCCGCAAGUGCGAACUCGAGGGCUCACCACACCACGUUAUUGCAGAGUUCGAGGCAUUGCUGCAAUUCCACGUCGCCACAUACAUGGACAACGACAUUGCAGGACAGCCCAAGGCCCUCCAAAAGUCGGGUAGACCUGUCAAGGCUAUUCGUGCGCGCCUGAAGUCCAAGGAGGGUCGUCUCCGUGGUAACCUUAUGGGCAAACGUGUCGACUUCUCGGCCCGCACUGUCAUCACUGGUGAUCCCAACCUGUCUCUGGACGAAGUCGGUGUUCCCAGGAGUACCGCCCGCAUCCUCACCUUCCCUGAAACUGUCAACGCUUUUAACAUCGACAAGCUGCAACAACUCGUUCGAAACGGUCCCAAUGAACAUCCCGGAGCAAAGUAUGUCAUCAGAGAUACUGGCGAGCGUAUUGACUUGCGCCAUCACAAGCGCGCUGGUGAGAUUCAACUGCAGUAUGGCUACAAAGUCGAGAGGCAUAUUGUUGACGGUGAUGUCAUUAUCUUCAACCGUCAACCUUCGCUGCACAAAGAGUCCAUGAUGGGUCACAGAGUCCGCGUUAUGCCUUACUCUACUUUCCGAAUGAACCUUUCCGUCACCUCGCCCUACAACGCCGAUUUCGAUGGUGAUGAGAUGAACUUGCACGUUCCUCAAAGUCACGAAACUCGCUCAGAAGUCGUCAAUCUCUGCAUGGUUCCCCUCAACAUCGUCUCCCCUCAGCGAAACGGUCCUUUGAUGGGUAUCGUGCAGGACACGCUCUGUGGUAUCUACAAGAUGUGCCGCCGUGACGUCUUCCUUGACAAGGAGCAUGUCAUGAACAUCCUUAUGUGGGUACCGGAUUGGGACGGUAUCAUUCCUCCCCCUGCCAUAGUCAAGCCUCGCCCACGCUGGACUGGCAAGCAAAUUGUCAGUCUGAUCGUUCCCGCUGGUCUCAACCUAGUCCGCAGCGACUCAGAGGGCAUGCACCCGCUCAACGACAACGGACUGAUGGUACACGGCGGUGAGCUGAUGUACGGUCUGUUCAGCAAGAAGUCUGUUGGUGCCAGCGGAGGUGGUAUCAUCCACAUUGUUUUCAACGAGAAGGGCUGGGAGGCCACUGUCAACUUUUUCAAUGGUGCUCAGCGUGUCGUCAACCACUGGUUGCUUCACAACGGUUUCAGUAUCGGCAUCGGUGACACGGUUCCUGAUGAGGCGACCGCCGAGGCCAUCACAGACGCAGUCAACGAGCAGAAGGCCGAGGUUGCCAUCAUUACCCAAGCUGCUACCGCCAACGAGCUGGAAGCUCUUCCUGGUAUGAACGUGCGUGAGACGUUUGAGAGCAGAGUCUCAAAGGCUUUGAACAGCGCUCGUGACAACGCUGGUGAUCGUACCGAGAAGAGUUUGAAGGAUUUGAACAACGCCAUUCAAAUGGCCCGUUCAGGAUCCAAGGGUUCGGCGAUCAACAUUUCGCAGAUGACCGCUGUCGUCGGUCAACAAUCAGUUGAAGGAAAGCGUAUUCCCUUCGGUUUCAAGUAUAGGUCGCUGCCUCACUUCACCAAGGACGAUUACUCUCCCGAGUCUCGUGGUUUCGUCGAAAACUCAUACCUUCGUGGUUUGACACCCUCAGAAUUCUUCUUCCACGCCAUGGCUGGUCGUGAAGGUCUGAUUGAUACCGCUGUCAAGACCGCCGAAACUGGUUACAUCCAGCGUCGUCUCGUAAAGGCACUUGAAGAAGUCAUGGCCAAGUACGACGGUACCGUCCGUAACUCCCUAGGCGACGUUGUGCAGUUCGUGUACGGAGAAGAUGGCCUUGAUGCCGUCCACAUUGAAGGUCAGAAGCUGGACAUCAUUAACUGCUCUGACAGUCAAUUCGAGAAGAAAUUCCGCAUUGACGUCAUGGACCCCAAGAUGUCGCUCUCCCCUGACAUCCUAGACCAAGCACACGAGAUUGCUGGCGAUGUCGAAGUUCAGCGUCAUCUCGACGCAGAGUACGAGGCAUUAUUAGCCGACAGAGCCCAGUUGAGAGAUGGUCGCACCGACGACGAAGAGACUCACCAGCUCCCUCUUAAUAUCACUCGUAUCAUUGAGAGUGCAAAGACCAGAUUCCGCAUCAAGGACGGUGCACGCAGUGAUCUUCACCCGUCUGAGGUCAUUCCCAAGGUCCAGAACUUGCUCGAUCAGAUCGUUGUUGUUCGUGGUGAUGACCCUCUCUCACAAGAAGCACAAUACAACGCAACUAUCCUUUUCAAGGCUCUCUUGAGAUCACGUCUCGCAUUCAAGCGCCUGGUCAAGGAGUACUCUUUGAACAAACUUGCUCUUGACAACAUCCUUGGUGACAUCUUGAACAGAUUCUCAAGAGCUCUCGUCAGUCCUGGUGAGAUGGUCGGUGUCUUGGCAGCACAGUCCAUUGGAGAGCCUGCAACUCAGAUGACGCUCAACACUUUCCAUUUCGCUGGUGUCUCGUCAAAGAACGUCACUCUUGGUGUGCCUCGUCUGAAGGAAAUCCUGAACGUCGCUACCAACAUCAAGACACCAUCCAUGACCGUCUACCAAUCCGAAGAGAACCGCCUUGAUCAAGAAGCAUGCAAGAGACUCCGCAGUCUUGUUGAGUACACCAGUUUGCGCUCAAUCACCGAGAAGACUGAGAUUUGGUACGACCCUGAUUUCCAAACUACUGUCGUUGAACAAGACAGAGACAUGGUCGAAUCUUACUUCAUCAUUCCUGAAGAGAAUGCAGAAAAUCCCGAGAUGUACUCGAAGUGGCUGCUACGUAUUGUCCUUGGUCGUAGACAACUGCUGGACAAGGGCCUUUCCGUUGCUGAUGUCGCUGCCGCCAUAAGAAAUGUCUACCAACACGAAAUCUCCAUCAUUUUCAGUGACGACAACGCCGAUGAGCUUGUUGUUCGCUGCAGAGCUUCGAACUCGAUCAUGGAAUCCAAGGAAGACGAGAACACAGAUCUUGAGGCUGACCUUGUCGUUCAAAGACUGGAAGCUCAUCUCUUGGAUGACACCAAGCUUCGUGGCGUCAAACAUGUCGAACGUGCGUUCGUCAACUUCAAGGAGCGUCUGCGUGUUAAGGAAGACGGCGGCCUCACCAUGUCCAAGAGUGAUCCGCUUUGUAAGGAAUGGUUCCUGGACACCAGUGGAACUGCUCUUAAGGAAGUCCUUACCGUUGAAGGUACCGACCCUACUCGCACAUACACUAACCACUUCAUCGACAUCUUCAGCGUCUUCGGUAUUGAGGCCACCAGAUCGGCUUUGAUGAGAGAACUGAAACAGGUGCUGUCCUUUGACGGUUCUUACGUUAACCACCGUCAUCUUGCCCUUCUGGUAGACAUCAUGACAGCUCGCGGUAACCUCAUGGCCGUCACUCGUCACGGUAUCAACCGCGCUGACACUGGUGCGCUGAUGCGUUGUUCGUUCGAAGAGACUGUUGAGAUUCUGUUCGAGGCCGCUUCUUCUGGUGAGCUCGAUGAUUGCCGUGGUGUUUCCGAAAACAUCAUUCUUGGUCAACUUGCUCCCUCGGGAACUGGUGAGUUUGAUGUUCUCCUGGAUCAGCAGAUGCUCAGCACUGUUGUGUCUCGUCACCAUGGAAUGGGAGCUGGUACCCAAGCUGGUGCUGCUCCUCUUGAUGGCGCUAUGACCCCCUACGACAUGGGCUCCCCUCUUGCUGAAGGUGAUUACGGCGCUGCCGACUAUGGCGCCUCGUUCUCUCCUAUGGUUCAAGCAGGCGGCGAUGAGAUGGGUGGCUUCUCUGCCUACCAAGGCGGUAGCUUCAGUCCUUACAGUGGUGGUCAGAGUCCUGGUUACGCACCAACCAGCCCCUUCAGCAUGGGCACAAGCCCUUCAUCUCCAGGCUAUGCCUCGCCUUCCUCGCCUGGCUACUCGCCCAGAUCACCUGGCGCCGCUCUCGGCAGUCCUGGCUAUGGCAUGGGAUCUCCUGCGAGCCCAGCAUACAACCCCACAUCGCCUACCUACUCGCCUACAUCGCCUGCAUACGGCAAGGGUUCUCCCACCUCUCCGUCGUAUUCUCCCACAUCUCCCAGUUACUCGCCGACUUCGCCCAGCUACUCGCCUACGUCGCCGAGUUACUCUCCAACCUCCCCAUCUUACAGCCCCACUUCUCCCGCUCACAGAUCUGGUCCUUCUCCCACUUCUCCUCGCUACAGCCCUACCUCCCCGGCCUACUCACCUACCUCACCCGCGUACAGCCCAACCAGUCCUUCUUACAACCCUGGAGGAGCCUCGCACUCGCCUACGUCGCCUAGCUACAGCCCGACAUCGCCAGUGUACAGUCCUACCAGCCCGGCACAGCAAGGAUACUCGCCCACGUCGCCGCAGUACACCCCCAACUCUCCGGGUCAAGCUUCUCCCAAGUACUCCCCUACUAGCCCCAAGUACUCACCAAACUCGCCUGGCCAAUAA